CGGAUGAGGUUCACGCUGCAACUGCAGCAGCUGGUGGGCUGGACCAGUCUGUGAGUUAUCCUGGAGUCUUUCAGUCCAGCACCACAGCUCGCCCCCAUCCAGCUGCCUGAGUCUCUGUCUGGAUAUCUGUGUUCUUCUUUUCUCUGCUGAGAGCCAACACACACUAAAACAUGGAGGCCAUCAAGAAAAAGAUGCAGAUGCUGAAGUUGGAUAAGGAAAAUGCGAUAGACCGUGCAGAGCAGGCUGAGGUGGACAAGAAGGGAGCGGAGGACAAAUGCAAACAGCUGGAGGAGGAGCUCCUCGGUCUGCAGAAGAAGCUCAAAGGAGUGGAAGAUGAACUGGACAAAUACUCCGAGUCCCUUAAGGAUGCCCAAGAGAAGCUGGAACAGGCAGAGAAAAAGGCAACAGAUGCUGAAGCAGAGGUGGCCUCUCUGAACAGGCGUAUCCAGCUGGUUGAGGAGGAGUUGGACCGGGCGCAGGAGAGGCUAGCUACAGCUCUGCAGAAGCUGGAGGAAGCUGAGAAAGCUGCAGAUGAAAGCGAGAGAGGGAUGAAGGUCAUAGAGAACAGAGCAACAAAAGAUGAGGAGAAGAUGGAGAUCCAGGAGAUGCAGUUAAAGGAGGCCAAGCACAUCGCUGAGGAGGCUGACCGCAAAUAUGAAGAGGUUGCUCGUAAGCUGGUGAUUCUGGAGGGAGACCUGGAGCGCUCAGAGGAACGUGCUGAGGUGGCUGAGGCUAAAUCAGCUGACCUUGAGGAAGAAUUGAAAAAUGUCACCAACAACUUGAAGUCUCUGGAAGCCCAGGCUGAGAAGUACUCACAAAAGGAGGACAAAUAUGAAGAAGAAAUAAAAGUUCUUACAGAAAAACUGAAGGAGGCUGAGACCAGAGCUGAGUUUGCAGAACGAUCUGUCGCCAAGCUGGAGAAAACCAUCGACGACCUGGAAGAGAAGCUGGCCCAGGCCAAAGAAGAGAAUCUGGAUAUGCACCAGGUGUUGGACCAGACUCUCCUGGAGCUCAACAACCUAUAAGAACCCAUUCAGAGCUGUACGGGCCUGAAGGAACAUCUGAAAGUCUUAAGAACAUAUUGUACUUCCCAUCCAACACUCUCAGCCUGUAAGCCCACACACCUAGAACUGUUAACAUAUCUCUCAUUUGCUUGCAUUUAUGGAGCCCCUGUAUUAAGUUAUCAAGUAAUUCUAACUUGUUUUUUAAAUUAUAUAGUUUAUUAAACUAAUUACCUGUAGGUGAAUUCACCUUGAAGGCUAAUUUUUCAUCAACAAAUCAUCUAUUUGAUAAGUUAGUUUCUCCUACUACUGAUGUCAGUGCAGCUCAGCCCUGAUCGGUGCGUAUGUCUGAAAACAACAGACUACAUCCUUUUUAUUAAUGUCAUCUUAAUCACAGAUAUAAUCAACAUAUGGUUAUCAAAAUAAAAAGCCUGAGAUUUUUUAUCCUGAUUUUGAGUUUUCAUCUCUGACCAGAGGAAAAAGAACAAAAACCUCAAAAGGGAGAUUCAAAGAGACAAGAGUAAUCACAUUGUGUUUGGGUAGACUAGGACUGUUUAUACAUACACAGCUGACAUUGUUUCAGAGUACAGGUGAAACAGGAAAAAUUAGAAUAUGGUGCAAAAGUCCAUUUAUAUCAGUAAUUCAGCUUAGACUGAGAGAACAUCUAAAGGCUCAGGAACCCUUUGCUGGAGUUUUUGAUUAAUUAGCUGAUUAGAGUGUGACACCGAGUCUAAAAUACUGAACCUUUUUACGUUACUCUAAUCGUGCUAGAUUUUGAAUAAUUUGUGCGCCAUAAUCUUCAGUUAUAACAAAUAAAGGCUGAAAUAUCUGG